CCACGCCGUCAGUUCGCUCAGAGAAGAAACUGAAGCAGCAAAUGUCUCUGUCAGGCUUCCGUACCUUAUGAAAGCAAAGGCAACCGAGCUGCGAGGUGUUGUGCUGUGUUGACAUUGAGAACAACCUGACGUCUGCUUUUCUUAUCACUACCUGAAGGAUCCUCACCAUGGUGUCCGGGAAGCGCCUGGCUGAUAUUGGCUAUCGGGCCUUUUCUGCCUCCAUGAUGCUGCUGACGGUGUAUGGGGGCUACCUGUGUGCGAUGCGAGGAUACCGCUAUAUGCAGAAACAAAAACAGCUGCAGCUGGCAGCAGAAAACCAGGACCCUGAAGUUAUCAAAGACUAGAUGGACUGCUCUCCGAUUUGCACAGAAAUGGAAACUCUCAUUCCUUCUUUUUGUCCAUCCACUGCAUCAUGAUUCUUCUCUGGACAUGUGUGUGUGAUUGCCUCACGUGUGUGAGGGUAUGGCACUCUCACAAGGAAAAUGUCUUGUUCAGAGGAAAACAGGCGACUUCACCAAGCAUUUGCCUGGGAAAGUGUAUACUGUCACGUUCACUGUGUGAGCAGAGCUCCCUUUGAGUGAUGAGUGAAGUGUCAUUGGAUCAUUGUUUGUAUUAUAUUAAAUGCCUUUAAACACACAGUA